UAGGGUGAACGAGUGGAAUCCUCUAGAACAACUAAUAACUAAAAAUAAGAACCGCCAUCUAAAAUUUCUUGAUGCCCAAGCCAACCACCUUUUCAACGGCAAUUUGUAUAAAUUCCCUGUUUCCAACAUUCACCAUAAAAUAAAUUUACUAUUUUUAGCAAAUUGAUGAUUCUGAAAUCUUUAUCAAAUUUAGAAUCUGAUCAUUCAUUUAUGUUCAAGGAAUAUUUUGAACCCUGAAUAUUGUUUCAAGUCUUGCGACUUCCCUCAUGUCAUCUCCAUUAGUUGUGGGAACUACCAUAGGUGCUGCUGCUUUGGGAGCUAGAUACUUGAUAAGAGCAUGGCAAACAUUCAAAGCAGCACCUCGAGUUCGGAGGUUUUAUCCUGGCGGCUUUGAAAGGAAUAUGACGAGGCGAGAAGCAGCACUAAUUCUCGGUGUCAGGGAAAGUGCUGUACUGCAGAAGAUCAAGGAGGCUCACAGGAGAGUGAUGGUAGCAAAUCAUCCAGAUGCCGGCGGCAGCCACUAUCUUGCCUCCAAGAUUAAUGAAGCCAAGGACGUCUUGUUAGGGAAAACCAAGGGAGCUAAUUCCGCAUUCUAAUUCACUUCUAUUUUUAUUUCUCAACAGCUUCAUCAUAAUCAGCACGCAUAUACCGAGUCUAAAAUGAACAUUUUUUAUGUGGCAAAAUUGUAUCAUCUACUCUCAUAAUUUUCAUGUAAUGCAACCACAAGUAAUUCUUAUUUAAUAUCGACUUGUGUC